UAAUACCCUUUCAGCCUCUUUUUCCUUUCAAACCCGUGGUCACAGGCUCCCAUACCAACUCUCCGUCUCUGUUGUUUCUGACGCUUGCCCACGAUCUUCAACACCUCACACCGCCAUGGAUGAGCUUGUUGGUAUGAAUUUCCUACCGCCGCGACUUGGAGUCUGGAGACUUGGACUCUUGGAGCACAGAGGCGCAGAGCAGUCCGACUCAGCGACCCGGUGAUCUGCAAAAGUGCAAGGCUGGAAGCCUGGAACCAGCAACCCAUCUCCGGUAGUCCGGUCUCCGAGCUCCCCACCGCCACCAGCAACCCGUCUGGGCCGUCUGGCUGUCUCCGUGAUUUGCAAAAAUGAUAUAAUUGCUUGGCCUAUGGAGUAUGGAGUAUGGAUACUGAUUAACUGAUGGUGACAUGGUGUAUUGAUGUUGAUGAGUUGAUGUUGAUUACUUGAUUUUAAUAAAGUUUGUAACUUUGUAUGAUUCAUGAUUCAUGAGGAGAAGGCCUCAGACCUCAGAAGCAGAGGGCCACAAUUCGUUUGAGAAAGCUUGAAAAAAAAUAAAGGUUCUUGCAUUGCUGAAAGUCAAGACACUGGGUCUUCGGCAACCUCAUCAAGAUUUGCAGUUGGCCAGUUGUCUACUUAUCUGGCCUCAGGCCUGCAAUUUCAAUAUCAUCAACAGGUGGACUGCAUUGUGUUCGACAAGACAGGGACUCUUACAAUUGGGAAGCCACUGGUUGUUAACACACGACUCAUGAAAAAUAUAGUGCUUCGAGAAUUCUAUGAACUUGUUGCUGCAGCUGAGGUUAACAGUGAACACCCCUUGGCCAAGGCCAUUGUUGAGUAUGCCAAAAAAUUCAGAGAAGAUGAAGAGAAUCUAGCCGGGCCAGAAGCGCAUGACUUUGCCUCCAUUACUGGUCACGGGGUGAAGGCUAUUGUUCAGGGCAGGGAAAUAAUUGUGGGGAACAAGAGCUUGAUGGUGGACCAGAACAUUGCAGUUCCACUCGAUGCAGAAGACUACCUAGCAGAAGCUGAAGGGCUGGCUCAAACUGGGAUUCUAGUAGCCAUAGAUGGAGAAGUGGCUGGAGUUCUAGCAAUAUCUGAUCCACUGAAACCAGGUGCUCAAGAAGUAAUUACCAUACUCAAGUCAAUGAAUGUUAGAAGCAUAAUGAUGACAGGUGACAAUUGGGGAAUUGCAAAUUCUAUUGCCAAUGAAGUUGGUAUUGAUACUGUUAUAGCCGAAGCGAAACCUGAUCACCAGAAAGCAGAGAAAGUGAAGGAAUUGCAGGCUUCAGGCUACACUGUGGCGAUGGUGGGAGAUGGCAUCAAUGACUCACCAGCACUUGUGGCAGCAGAUGUAGGAAUGGCAAUUGGUGCUGGCACUAACAUUGCAAUUGAGGCAGCAGACAUUGUGCUAAUGAAGAGUAGGUUUCCUCUUUAUUUUCUGUAAGAAAGACAAGUUUAUAGAGGGAACUUGUCUCAGAUAAUUGGAGUAAAUUGAUCAAUAUAUGGUUGAGAUUUUUUGUUUCCAGUAUUAAUUUCUGAUGGAAAUGACA